AUGUGCACCCAGACAUCUCCGGUGAGCAACGGCUGGCCUAUUCGACAUGAAGAAACAGUGGUGAGAUGUGUUCCAGACGGCUACGAAUGUAACGACUCGACUAAAGAUCAGAAAUAUGCCGUGACCAAUUACGAUGGCACUACCCUGUCCGCACCGGCCUUUGAGAUCCGCUGGAGGAGUGCGGAUUUAGCACAUGGUAUCAGAACUACCGAGAUGUUUCCGCCUGGGAUUCCGACCCAAUUUCCGACGUCAACAAGUGAUUCAUCGACAUAUAAACUGAUUACUACUUCUUCAAAUAUAUUUGUCACCGCCCCUACUUCCACUUUGCCAAUUUCUUCCACGAUUGUGCAAUUCUCGUCUUCCAGCGUAUCAUCUUCACCCACAUCACAGCCGAAUUCGGCUCUUACCUCCGGGACCAUUGCAGGAAUUGUAGUUGGAAGCUGCCUGGGGCUUCUGGCUGCGGCUUCGGCGAUUACGUUUCUCUUCUUACACCGCCGAAGGAAAUACCAAGGCCCGAGUCGGAUCACAGAUGACACAUGGUGUCAGCAAGGAGCAGGCAAAGAACCCACCGAGUUGUCAGGCACCCAAUGUCCUGCCGAGUUGGAAGACAAGCCCAUGGAAUUGAGGGAGCUACAAGGAAAACCCCAGCCCCAGCCAUGCGCCGACACCGAACAACCUCCGAAUACAUCGAGAGCGUGCCAUAUUAGCGUCAACAGCAUUCCCGUGGAAGUUGCAGCAGACCCGUCUCACUGA